AUGACCACACAGCUAACACUCCACCUCUGGGACGAAAUCCGCAAGCGGGAAGGGAACGAAGGAACACUCCUAGGGGACGCCCCAAUUUUGUGCAUAGCAGUAGGGAUCCCAACAUUUGACACACAAAAAUGGAACGAGGCGGGCUGCACUAAGAUCAAACACAUGUACCAUGAAGGCAACCUGUUGCCCUUCCCAGACCUCCAAGCACGAAACGACAUCCCCAACAAGGCUCUGUUCUCCUACCUACAACUGAAACCGUUGCUCACAGGAGUACAAAUAAAUAACCAGGUGACACCCAACAAACACUCAAUAGAACAAUUAUGCCUAACAGACCCCCUAAGAAAACAAUCUCCACGAUCUACAACAUACUCACAGAUGACAAGACAAAUCCAGACAUUACAUUCCAAACAGCUUGGCACAAAGAACUGGGACAAGUCAUAG